AUGUCCUUGGAAACUCCAGUGCCGGUGGCAGUUCUCGACUUCGCCGAGGCAUCAAUGUGUCAUGCUCUGCCCUGCUCUGCUCUGUCCUCCGAUGUAUCAUGCUCUGCCCUGCCCUGCUCUGUCCUCCGAUGUGGCAUGUUCUGUCCUGCCCUGGUCUUUCCUCCGGUGUGGCAUGCUCUGCCCUGCUCUGCUCUGUCCUCCGAUGUGUCAUGCUCUGCCCUGCUCUGCUCUGUCCUCAAAUGUGUCAUGCUCUGUCCUGCUCUGCUCUGUCCUCCCAUGUAUCAUGCUCUGCCCUGCCCUGCUCUGUCCUCCGAUGUGUCAUGCUCUGCCCUGCUCUGCUCUGCCCUCGGAUAUGUGUCAUGCUCUGCCCUGCUCUGCUCUGUCCUCCGAUGUGUCAUGCUCUGCCCUGUCCUCCCAUGUAUCAUGCUCUGCCUUGCUCUGCUCUGUCCUCCGAUGUAUCAUGCUCUGCCCUGCUCUGCUCUGCCCUCGGAUAUGUGUCAUGCUCUGCCCUGCUCUGCUCUGUCCUCUGAUAUGUCAUGCUCUGCCCUGCUCUGCUCUGUCCUCCAAUGUGUCAUGCUCUGUCCUGCUCUGCUCUGUCCUCCAAUAUGUCAUGCUCUGUCCUGCUCUGCUCUGUCCUCCCAUGUAUCAUGCUCUGCCCUGCCCUGCUCUGUCCUCCGAUGUGUCAUGCUCUGCCCUGCUCUGCUCUGCCCUCGGAUAUGUGUCAUGCUCUGCCCUGCUCUGCUCUGUCCUCCGAUGUGUCAUGCUCUGCCCUGCUCUGCUCUGUCCUCCCAUGUAUCAUGCUCUGCCCUGCCCUGCUCUGUCCUCCGAUGUAUCAUGCUCUGCCCUGCUCUGCUCUGCCCUCGGAUAUGUGUCAUGCUCUGCCCUGCUCUGCUCUGUCCUCCGAUGUGUCAUGAUCUGCCCUGCUCUGCUCUGUCCUCCGAUGUGUCAUGCACUGCCCUGCUCUGCUCUGCUUUGUCCUCCGAUGUGUCAUGCUCUGCCCUGCUCUGCUCUGUCCUCCGAUGUGUCAUGCUCUGCUCUGUACUCCGAUGUAUCAUGCUCUGCCAUGCUCUGCUCUGUCCUCCGAUGUACCAUGCUCUGCCUUGCUCUGCUCUGUCCUCCGAUGUGUCAUGCUCUGCACUGCCCUGGUCUGUCCUCCGAUGUGUCAUGCUCUGCCCGGCUCUGGUCUGUCCUCCGAUGUGUCAUGCUCUGCCCUGCUCUGCUCUGUCCUGCGAUGUGUCAUGCUCUGCCCUGCUCUGCUCUGUCCUUCGAUGUGUCAUGCUCUGCACUGCCCUGGUCUGUCCUCCGAUGUGUCACGCUCUGCCUUGCUCUGCUCUGUCCUCCGAUGUGUCAUGCACUGCCCUGCCUUGCUCUGCUUUGUCCUCCGAUGUGUCAUGCUCUGCCCUGCUCUGCUCUGUCCUCCGAUGUGUCAUGCUCUGCUCUGUACUCCGAUGUAUCAUGCUCUGCCAUGCUCUGCACUGUCCUCCGAUGUAUCAUGCUCUGCCUUGCUCUGCUCUGUCCUCCGAUGUGUCAUGCUCUGCACUGCCCUGGUCUGUCCUCCGAUGUGUCAUGCUCUGCCCGGCUCUGGUCUGUCCUCCGAUGUGUCAUGCUCUGCCCUGCUCUGCUCUGUCCUCCGAUGUGUCAUGCUCUGCACUGCCCUGGUCUGUCCUCCGAUGUGUCAUGCUCUGCCUUGCUCUGCUCUGUCCUCCAAUGUGUCAUGCUCUGCCCGGCUCUGCUGUGUCCUCCGAUGUGUCAUGCUCUGCUCUGUCCUCCGAUGUGUCAUGCACUGCCCUGCUCUGCAUUGUCCUUCGAUGUGUCAUGCUCUGCACUGCCCUGGUCUGUCCUCCGAUGUGUCAUGCUCUGUCCUGUUCUGCUCUGUCCUCCGAUGUGUCAUGCUCUGCCCUGCUCUGCUCUGUCCUCCGAUGUGUCAUGCUCUGCACUGCCCUGGUCUUUCCUCCGAUGUGUCAUGCUCUGCCUUGCUCUGCUCUGUCCUCCGAUGUGUCAUGCUCUGCCCGGCUCUGCUGUGUCCUCCGAUGUGUCAUGCUCUGCCCUGCUCUGCUCUGUCCUCCGAUGUGUCAUGCACUGCCCUGCUCUACAUUGUCCUUCGAUGUGUCAUGCUCUGCACUGCCCUGGUCUGUCCUCCGAUGUGUCAUGCUCUGCCUUGCUCUGCUCUGUCCUCCGAUGUGUCAUGAUCUGUUCUGUCCUCCGAUGUGUCAUGCUCUGCACUGCUCUGCUCUGUCCUCCGAUGUGUCAUGCUCUGCCUUGCUCUGCUCUGUCCUCCGAUGUGUCAUGCUCUGUGCUGCUCUGCUCUGUCCUCCGAUGUGUCAUGCUCUGCCCUGCUCUGCUCUGUCCUCCGAUGUGUCAUGA